AUGAUGAAUCAUCCCGAAGCAGCUUUCCGAGGAGAGACUUUGAAGCUUCAGAGUGGGUUUCAUGAAAUCAAAGGCUUAGAUGAUGUGACAGAACUGUUCGACGAAAUGAUUAGUUCUCGUCCCUUACCCUCUGUGAUCGAUUUCUGCAAAUUGAUGGGUGUGGUGGUGAGGAUGGGAAGGUCAGAUGUUGUGAUUUCUCUCCAUAAGAAGAUGGAAAUGCGAAGGAUUCCAUGUAACAUCUACAGCUUCACCAUUUUGAUAAAGUGUUUCUGCAGCUGCUCUGAACUCCCCUUUGCUUUGUCUACGUUUGGAAAGAUCACUAAGCUUGGGUUUCAUCCCAGUGUUGUUACGUUUAGCACGCUGCUCCAUGGAUUAUGUAUGGAAGAUAGGGUUUCUGAAGCCUUGGCUUUCUUUUAUCAAAUGCCAUGUAGUCCCAAUGUCAUAACAUUUACCACGCUGAUGAACGGUCUUUGCCGCGAGGGUCGAGUUGUCGAUGCCGUAGCUCUGAUUGAUCAGAUGAUGGCAAAUGGUCUCCAGCCUAACCAGAUUACUUAUGGAACAGUUGUAAACGGACUGUGUAAGAUGGGAGACACCGUGUCAGCCUUGAACCUGCUUAAGAAGAUGGAUAUGAGCCCCAUCAAAGCAGGUGUUGUAAUCUACAGUUCCAUCAUCGAUCGCCUUUGGAAAGAUGGACGCCAUAGCGAUGCUCAAAAUAUUUUCAGGGAAAUGCAAGACAAAGGCAUCUUUCCAAAUAUAUUUACCUACAACUCUAUGAUAGUUGGUUUUUGUAGCUCUGGUAGAUGGAGCGAUGCCGAGCUGUUGUUGCAAGAAAUGUUGGAAAGGGAGAUCAGCCCUGGUGUUGUAACUUUCAGUGCAUUGAUCAAUGCAUUGGUCAGGGAAGGCAGGUUCUCUGAGGCUGAAGACUUAUACAAUGAGAUGCUUCCAAGGGGUAGAAUCCCUUGUACAAUCACAUAUAAUUCAAUGAUCCAUGGAUUUUGCAAACAGAAUCGUCUUGAUGCUGCGGAGCAAAUGUUUGAAUUGAUGGCUACCAAAGGCUGCUCUCCUGACGUAUUCACUUUCAAUACUCUUCUAGACAGAUACUGUGAGGCUAAGAGGGUAGAUGAUGGAAUGGAACUUCUCCAUCAGAUGUCUAGAAGAGGAUUAGUUGCUGAUACAAUUACUUACAACACUCUUAUUCACGGGUUCUGUUAG